GAGAAUUGUAAAUUCCUAGCCAUGAUCGUAUCGGCGUUACUGGUGAUCGUUUUGCUUUCGAAAGCCCCACAAGCGGACGCUUAUCAAGUGCGAAAGGAGAUCACAUUUAACUGGAUACGUGACAGUAGGGACGUGAUUAGAAAUCAAACUGCUAUACUGCUGCAAAAUGAUGGCUACACAUCGGACCGACUGCAAGUGCGCACUGACGACGGAUAUCUGCUGACGGUGUAUCGUAUGCAGCCCAAAAAGUCACGACUAGGAGUGGUUCUCUUACACCACGGCAUACGUCAGUCCAGUGAUAUGUGGAUGUUUCUCGGACCAAAGCGAUCCCUUGCCUAUCAACUGUACGAAGCUGGAUAUGACGUGUGGUUGAGUAAUUCACGUGCCUCACCCGAAUCCGAGGGACACGAGCGGCUCGAUCGGGAUAGUGAUCACUAUUGGGACUUUAGCUUCCACGAGAUCGGUAUCGAGGAUCUGUCGGCAGUGAUCGAUUACAUACUAGCCGCGACCGACCGAAAGACGCUACAUUUUGUCGGAUAUUCUGAGGCUGGAUCUGCACUACUGGCUCUCCUGUCGGAGCUACCGGAAUACAACAAGAAAGUGGCAAGUGUAGAAUUGAUAGCACCACCAGCCUUCAUGCAGUAUGGACAGUUUUCCUGGAUCGCACGUAUGGUAGAACCGAUUCGAAAGCUAUUCCCCUGGAGCGUUUACUACACCCGCGACGCUCUACCGACCCAAAUCUGUACACUGUUCCGCAACGAGUGCUGUUCACUGUUUGGCCAGAUGAAUGACAAUGGAACCGGCAACACGACACGUACGCUACGCUCGCCGGGAGCUGCAAACCGCCCACGGGACGGUUGCUUCGAUCUGGAAGAUAUCUCGCUAAAACAACUCGAACAUUACCGUCAAAUCAUCGCUAGCGGCCGAUUCCAGCAAUUCAAUUACGGGUACGCGGCUAACCUGCAUCGCUACAAGCGUGAUCCACCGCCAGACUACUGUCUGUGGGACGUAACGGCACGGGUAGCGCUGCACUACGGCAACAAGGACAAAACGGUGGAUUGGCGGGGCGUCGAAAUGCUCGCCCGAAAGCUGCCAAAAGUGGCGGAACUGCAGAAGACACUGUACAAGGGAUUCAAUCAUCGGGAUUUCUACCGAAGCCCGAAAACACAGGAAACUGUUUACGCAAACAUUCUAAAGUCGAUCAAACGUCACACGACGACGUUGCAAUAA